AUGGCAUCGGCGCGCCUCUUCGCCGCGGGCCUGCGGGGCACCCGUCUGGCGGCCCCGCUGGCGGCCGCGGCUUUGUCGGCGCCAGGGCGCCCGCGCCCCGCGCACGCUUGCGGGGGCGGUCCCAAGACGGACAGGAGCAGGGUGACCUUUGACAUGUGCGGCCAGAUCAUCUUGGGCAAGAACAUGGACGCGGCCUCCGACUUCCACCCCAAGGGCCAGCAAAGGCCGAGGCAGGAGCGGUCUCCACACACCCGCUCGAGGUCUGGUUCCCCUCCUGAGGGUUGUCAGCUGGUGGAUCCCAAUCACGUCUUCUGCAUCAUCACGAGGGCAGUGGGAGCGGAGGGUGAGCAAGGUCGAGCGCCCAAGGGCAACAUGGUCUGGAAGGUGGGCCAGAAGUAG